UUCAGCCUAUCAGAUUUCACCACGACUGUAGAAAUAGAUUGGAAGCGGAACUCCUUUUUUUAUAUUUGAGAACUGACAGGGAUAGAAAGACCUAAAUAAACCUUACGUUUCUUUGAAGCUACCCCAAUAUUUUUGAAGUCUAUAAGGAUAAAUAAUAUGGUCGUGGGGACAGCGGGACAUAAAGUCCUCUUGAUAUCUGGGCAACAGAAUGGCUCUUCUAGCUCAACACAGGGCUACAGCCGGUCAAUUUCUGUCGUUUUGCCGUCGCAAAACCAAGCGAAUUCGUCAGAUUCCGACUCAAAUUCGACAACUGGGCCACCCCUGCGAAAAAGACAGAGACUCACUCAUUUGAGCCCAGAAGAAAAGCAACUUCGCAGGAAACUCAAGAACAGAGUUGCAGCCCAAACGGCCAGAGACAGAAAAAAAGCCAAAAUGGGUGAGCUGGAAGAGCAAGUUCUGGUGAUGGAACUGGAGAACCAGAAACUUCAUGUUGAAAACAGGCUGUUACGGCAAAAGAUGUGCGGUAUGGUGAACGAGAACAAGGAACUGAGACAGAGGCUGGGGUUGGACACCCUUGAGGCCAAAGAGAAUGCUCAGGUGUUGGAGUCCAAUGGGAUUGAUGCAGUUUUGGGGAUCGGGUCUUCUGAGUCUGCAGUACUCAGGCUAUGUGUGUCUGCAGCAGGUGCAGGCCCAGCAAUUCUCAAAUCUGAAGAUUUCCCAAUGGAUACAGAUAGUCUUGACUCUACAGACUCUGAGUCUGAUCUCUUGCUGGGCAUUCUUGACAUCCUUCACCCAGAGCUGUUCCUCAGGGAGUGUGGUGAGCAGGAGAUCCAGGAGCAGGCGGUGCUGCUGGUCGGAGGGGGGGGAGGAGUACCUGCCCCCUCACCUGCAGCUCUGGGGGCCACACCAGUUAAGCUGGAGGCCCUUAAUGAACUGAUCCACUUUGACCACAUCUACACCAAGCCUGUGGAGGUGGUGUGUGUCCUCGGGCAGCAGGAAGUGAAUCACGAGGAGAGUGUGACAGGGAUGAAGAUGGCUGAGGUCUUCUCUGUGGCUGACGAGGUAGACGUGUGUGUCAAAGAUGAGCCGGAAGAAGUGGUCAUCAUCCCUAAAAAUCAUGGGGUUCUGGAUGACUUCCUGUCUGUGGCCUCACUGACCUCUGACCUGGCCAUGGGUAGCCUAGAGAAGACUGGUGCCUACCUGAUGGAUGCCUACAGCGACUCCGGAUACGAGCGGUCCCCUUCCCCCAUCAGCGACAUGUCAUCCCCCCUCUGCUCAGAGGGGUCCUGGGAUGAUGUGUUUGCCAACGAACUGUUCCCCCAGUUGAUCAGUGUCUGAUCUGAUUCUGAACAUCCCAUUGGUAUCCCACAUCCCAUUAAUCAAUGAUCCAACCUAUUAUGAACUCACUGCUAUUUAGUGUAGUGUUAAGUGAAUACAGUACAUUAUGCUUUAUAUUGAUAGGCUGUCCCAGCAGUGCCGAUUACCAAUGGCUAAACAGCAUAAACUGAUCGGAGACAAGGCUAGCUAGCAUGUACCUCAUCUUGGGGGUUCAAACCAAAGUUAAUCUCCUUUUACAGGUCUACGAUUUUGCGAUCCUGCAUUGGCUUGUGGGAGAUGCAGUUAUUGACACCUUAAUUUGCCGUCACUAAUUGACAGCUAGUGGAUUUGUAAGGUUGCUUUAAAUCUUUCCACUCAUUGUUGGAGUUAAGGAGAAAUCCAAUGGGUGAAAUAUCCAGUAUUUCUUUAAGUUAUAUUUCCCUGGGGGACUGGGACUGACUGUUUUAAAAAGACAAAUGUAUUUAUUUGUGUAUUCUGCUCCGGAGUCUUCUGUAUGUAAUCUGUUUCCGUAUGUAUAAAGGCCUUUACCUCCUGUAUAAUUUUGUUAAACACUCUCCUUGUAGAUCAAAAUUACUGCAUUAAAAAAAAACUUUGCAUUGCA